CAUCGAAGGUCAUGGGGAAACGUCCUUCGAGCAGCCCGUAAAAUAAUAAGUACUCGGGAUCAUGGCAGCCAAUGUCUUGCCCAGGAACACAAUGGUGGCUCCAGCCAGCCCUCGGAAGUGGACGGGUUGAUACAGAUCUCACUAAAAGAAGCCAUAGCUUGGGUCCAGCCGAACGUCACUAUGGACGCGCUCGUUCAAUCGACGAUGAGGGUAGGGCUGAUCCCGACAGUUGUCGCUAGCUCGAAGAACACGACUGUUUUGGAAGCUUUCGCCACUGAGACUUGUGGAUCCUCAUCUUUUCGCUAUGGGACAUUCAGCUGCGCUGUUUUGUCUGUCAAAGUCGUUGUUCGUGAUGUACAGGAGUUGACAAUAAAGCUCAAUGGUGAUACUAUAGACCAGCACUUCGGAAAUUAUAGUGUGUCACACAGGCUUGACUCAAUCACGCUCUUUGAAAUCGCGCUCAUCCCAGCGGGAAAUUAUGUUGAGAUGACAUACUGGCCCGUCCGUGACAUAUGGGGUGCAACCCUCCGGAUGAUGCCAAAAACGCGUCAAUCUCUAAUUGUCGAUAGACCAGCGGUGGAUGAGUUUACAGAUUUGCUGGACGUCCUCAUUUUUGAAUCAACGUUUGGUGUUGUUGUUACCGGGCGAUUUAUGCCCACCACAGAUAAUCUCUGCAGCCCCUUUGGUCAGAACACUCCAUUCGUGCAACAUGCCGAGUCCAUACGUUCGAGCAAGCUUCAGCACUCAGGUGAAAGCUAUGUCGAGACGGUCCCACUUAUGGAUUACAUUUUUCGGUAUGAUGGCUGC